AGCUUACAUUCUUGAACUGAUUACAUGAAACAAGUUUCUCGACUUGAAUGAUUGAAGCGCUCUUCUCAGAUCACUGCUGUUUGUGACCAGUGCGUGUGUUAUAGCAUCAUUAAAAAGCGUUGCUUGGUUUACGCAGGCCCCAGGGGGCCAAGGCCCCGAGGCGUAACGUUUAGGAAGAAUGGACCCGCUUUCAGUGUUGCGCGACUUCAACACUUCAGAUAGGCUUCAUCUAGUACAGCACCUGGAAGGAAAUGUUCAGUUCGGAGACAGAUACAACUUCCCGGCCAGCACGCCGGUGUACAAGAAGGCUGGCGCCUCCGCAUAUUACACGCUGCACGAUGUCUUGUUUUACCUUAAGAACCGACAGCUCAAGCCCCAGGAGUACGUCAUGGCUGCAAGCCAGGCGGGGCUUGGGAUCGUUAACAUUAUGGACCGCAAGAAAAUGCUGGAGGUGUUGGACGGGCUCACGGUGCUAGACCCCUCGCUAGUGCCCGUGGGUGUGGUGGUGCCGCUGCCGCAGCAGCGCCCGGCGGCGGUGGCAGCCGAGGAGCCACAGGCCAAGCGGCAAAAGGUCGCGGACGACGAGACGUCGGCCAUGCGGGGGCUCAUGGAGCAGGAGCGGCAGCUGCGCAACCGCAACACUAUGCUGGUCGCCCCGCACAAGGACUUCCGCAAGGUGCUGGAGGUGGUGGCCAACGCCAAGAAGCAGGCGCACAAGCAGGCGGCGGCGGCGGCAGCGACCAAGCAGGCGACGGCGAGCAAGCAGGCGGUGGCAACCAAGCAGCCAGCGGCCUCGCGGCCAGGCAGCCAGCCACAGAGCCAGGGCCCGGGCGCGUCCUCGUCCUCCCGCUACGGCCGCGACAACACCGCCGACCAGCUCAAAGCCAUGGGCGGCGGCAAGGUGGGCAUUGACAUGUAUGGAACCUCCGGCAGUCGCGCCGCGGCGGCGCCGCCUCCACCACCACCACCGGCGGCUGCCGCUGGGUACGUGCCGGUGCGCAAGAGUGGCUCCUCCUCAGCGGUGCCACCACCACCCAGCUCCGGCUCCAAGUCGGGCAAGCCGGCACCUGCGGCGGCGCCAGCGUCAGGCAAGGGCUCGGGCAAGGAGGGCGCCAAGAAAGGCGGCGUGCCCAUCAUCAUUGUGCCCUCAGGCAUGACGUCGCUCAUCAACAUGCACAAUGCGCGGUCGUUCCUGGAGGAGGGCCUGUUCAUGCCCACGCAGCAGGCGAUUGCGGCAGCAGGUGGCGCGCCCAAGCCGACUCAGAUCACCAUCCGGCGCACGGCGCACCGGCAGGCACCUGUGGAGUACCAGGUGACGGACAAGCCGCCCGCCAAGGACAGUCCGGACUGGGAGCGGGUGGCGGCGGUGGUCGUACAGGGCGCCAAGUGGCAGUUCAAGGACUGGCCGCACAAGGGCGCCAAGGACGGCGACCUGGUGGACGCGCUGGGCAAGGUGUGCGGCUUCUUCGUGCACUUCAGCGACGAGAAGGUGGCUCAGCCGGUGUCGGACUGGAACGUGCGCACGGUGCCGCUGCACCGCGAGAGCCGGCACAAGGACAUGACGGCCAUGUUGGAGCUGUUCAGGCACCUGGACGUGUUCCUGCAGGCAAAGCGGAGUCCGCUGGCGUACUGAGCUGCGCACGGGCCGGCGCAGUGAGAGUGUUUGAGUGCGCGCUUUUAUGUGAAUUCGGGCGUCCAAGCUGAGGAUGCGGGGCGCAAUUGGCGGAGCAAAUAGCCAGAGAUGCCGAAUGCUUAGAUGGAUUUCUGUGAUCGUUAAUCGAGCCAGUGCCGGCAGCCGUUGCCUCUGCCAAGGCGGCUGCGGUAUUUUGGCUUGGGUGUGUCAGUUAGUCCACUUUCCCGGUGCUCGUGGCAGGAGAUGGGAGCGGCCGCCUCGAAUGUUGUGCUGGCACCGCGCUGACAUGCUGAGUACAGGCACAAGGAGGAGGUGGAUUGGUGGGGGAAAGCAUGACCGAGACUGGAUCGAGCGGGAUGUUGCAAGGCAGGGACGGCCACUUUACUUCAAUCU